UCAUGAUCUUGAGCCGUCUUCAAUAAUCGUAACAGUUUUUCCCGGCGCGCUGCCUGCUACAAACGCGCGAAUUAAAAUGUUGUUGUUUAAUAUUUUGGGGAUUUUAACACUUUUGACUGCAGGAUCAUGUCGAAUGAUCGACAUAAUGCCAAAACCGAAGACCCUGGGGAAACAAUUAUUUUUGAGUAGACAUGUUGUGACAGAAUCAAGUGAAUUUGAUGGAGGAGUGCUGGUUAACGAAGAAGGAAUAAUAGAUGCGGUGCUCAAGCGAGAUAUGAUCAAUUCGAUUCUGUCACAGAACCUUAAUGAAUUGAAGAUAAUCGACGGUGGUGAGUUAGCGUUAAUGGCCGGCGUGGUGGACUCCCACGUCCAUAUCAACGAGCCGGGCCGCAACUCCUGGGAGGGGUUCGUGACGGCCACUCAAGCGGCUGCCGUGGGGGGCAUCACCACUAUCAUCGAUAUGCCGCUAAACUCUAUACCGCCUACAACUACUCUGGAUAAUUUGAGGAGUAAGGUUUCUAUAGCUCAAGGGGAGGUAUUUAUUGAUGUCGGAUUUUGGGGAGGAGUGGUUCCCGGUAAUGAAAUAGAGCUUCAUGACCUGAUCAGAGCAGGAGUGGUUGGUUUUAAGUGUUUCUUGACUGAUAGCGGAGUGUUAGAGUUUCCGGAAGUUACAGCCACGGAUUUGAAAAAAGUUUUCACAGUUCUGAAUGGAACAGGGACAGUUUUAGCUUUUCACGCGGAGGUGACUAAUAAUAGUCGGAGUAACAAUGUAUGCAAUAAAGGUGGUUGUUCAGACCCAACUCUGUUCACUACGUACAUGGCUACACAUCCCGAAGAUAUGGAACUGGAAGCUGUUAAGCUAAUCACAUCAUUUUUACCACAUACAGACGUCCAUGUCCAUAUAGUCCACGUAUCGGCCGAAGGUGUGGUGCCCAUACUAGAGCAGGCCAGGGAAGAACGGUUGAAAUCUGGUUUCAAGGGCUGGAGGGGAGGUAUUACUGCCGAGACCUGUAACCACUACCUGACCCUCAGCUCUGAGCAAAUUCCACCUGGGCACUCCGAGUUCAAAUGCUCGCCUCCUAUCAGAAACAAUACAAACAAGCAAAAACUUUGGGAACAUAUAAGAAAGGGAAGAUUAGAUUUAGUGGUGUCCGACCACUCUCCUAGUGUCGAGGAUCUCAAAGGAACAAAUUUUUUGACUGCAUGGGGCGGCAUAUCAUCACUUCAAUUUGAUCUUCCAUUAUUUUGGACGGAGGCCAAGGCCCGGGGCUACUCGUUGAGCACAGUGAGCCAUUACCUAUCUGCCGGGCCUGCCAGGCUCGUAGGCCUCCAAGACCGCAAAGGCGCGCUGCGGCCUGGCCUUGAUGCUGACCUCAUCUUCUUCGACCCCAACGGCUCUUUCAUAGUCACGCCUGAAGUCAUUCGUUAUAAAAACAAGAUAAGCCCAUACAUGAACAGAGUUCUAAAUGGAAUAGUGCAUAGAACAUACUUGCGCGGGCAACUAAUCUACUCUGAUGGAGAUUUGGUCGGCAAGGAGGCGCGGGGGCAACUUCUGCUUAGAGAGGCCUAUGAAUUACCAAAAAAUGAAACCAAACAUGAAGAGACGAUUGUCCUAGAAAUGGAUCAAAUUCACCAUCUAGAUGAGAAUGAUACCGCCACAAGAAUACUUAAACCACAUAUUUCAAUGCCCAGUAUUAGUGAAACUAUCGCCCAAAUAUCAGCCAAAAAAUCGAAUGCCCAAGAAGAUAAUGGAAAUCACACUAAAGAUAUUCUAAGCAACAUGACAACUUCAAUUGAUAACAAAAUUAAACAUGUAGAUUAUCCGAUCAUCAUGGAGAAUUUUGAAGAUGGGGCAAAUCUAGAGACAAAUAAGACAGCAGUUAAAGCAGAGGAUCAUUUUAAUAACAAAGCGACUAUUCCAAACAAUGGUGCCUUACAGCCUGCAAAACCAAUCGAAACAAUGGAAGUGGAAACUGCUAAAAACUUUAGAGUAAAUAGUGCUACAUGUAUUACAAGCAAUUUGUUAAUGUUCUUUAUUACUGUUGGAGUUGUUACAAAGUAUAUUAUGUAGGUAAAUUAUGUACCUAUUCAUCUUAGUAGACAUUGUAUGAAACGUAGGCAAGAGUUAAGU